AAAAAAAUACUCUCUGUAUCAGCACACAGCCCAGCCCAAACCAAACCCUGCCCCGAGAGACGAUGAGCCGCCGGCGCCAUUCCACGCCGGCGCCCGCGACGCUGGCCCCGCUGGACGACGAAGACCUGCUCCGUGAGAUCCUCCUCCGCCUCCCUCCAAGCCCGUCCUCUCUCCCGCGCGCCUCCCUCGUCUGCAAGCUCUGGCGCGGCAUCCUCUCCGACCCCGGAUUCGGCCGCCGCUUCCGCAAGCACCACCGGAUCCCUCCGCUGCUCGGCUGCUUCGUCAAGGACCUCGGCAUGGCCCCCGUCUUCUCUCCCCUGCUGGACCCUCCCGACCGCAUCCCCGCCCCACUGCCGGAGAAUCUCGCCGAUCCGUCUUCAUGGUCCAGCACGCACAGGCGCCUCUCCUUCUCCUUCCACGGCUGCCGCCACGGCAUCGCGCUCCUCCUCGACCACAGGCGCAACGAGGCCGUCCUGUGGGACCCCCUCACCGGCGUCCAGCGCCGCGUUUGUUUCCCGCCGGGCUUGGGUUUCGCCGGUGGUGCCCAAAGUGGCAUUGUCUGGAACGCCGCCGUGCUGCGCACUGCUUCUGCCGACGAUCACGACGAUUGCCGCUUGACCCCAUUCAAACUGGUCCUGGCGUGCCGCGAUGACAAGUUCACCAAGGAGUUCGUUUGUCUCUACGAAUCCAACACCGGUGUAUGGGGAGAUGUUAUCUCCAUAACCACUACAGAUAGGAUUGGUCUUAAAAGUCCCAGUGUCCUAGUUGGGAAUACACUCUGUUGGUUGGUUUCCGGAGGCGGCAUCCUUGAGUUCGAUUUUGAAAGGCAGACUCUUGUUGUGAUUGACGAGCCGACAGACCUCCAUGCUACUGAUCCUUAUCCUGGUAUGAUCCACCGGUCCUUUCAGAUCUUACGAGGAGAGGAUGGUGGCCUUGGCCUCGCCGUUUUGUCAGAUUCAGAACAGAGCAUUCAGUUAUGGGCGAGGAAAUCCGACUCUGAUGGUGUUGGCUCAUGGGUACUACGGAAAACUGUUCAGUUGGAUGAGCGCUUUUCACGACCCGAGGGCACACAAAAACGGCUCUGGAUGCCUGGGUAUGAUGAGGACACAAAUGCAAUCUUUCUGUCUUUGGAUUCUGAUGACUUCAUGCUCCAGCUUGAGUCGAUGCAGUUCACAUGUCUUCAUAGAAAUGGACUUGAGAUUUUCAGAACCUAUCAUCCAUAUGCAGGUUUCUAUACUGCUGGCAGGGGUAUUGCUGGUGGAGAUGGUGGAGCUGAAAAUGUGAACGCAUGAGAUCUGCUAAUGUGCUGUGUUGGUUGAACAGGUAUCUGGAGUUAUAAUCGGGUUUCUGAGAUGCAGAAGUGGCUAUUUGCAGUAGGUUCCUCCGUUUUCUGUAUGAUGUGGCCUCUGAAGUAGUGGAUGCUGAAAUUGAACCCCCAGUAGUAGUAUGAUAUAUGUAGCCUGUGAAGUGGGAUUUUAAUUCACCGUGUAAUAUCUACUUGUGUAGACAUUAAUCAAUUAACUUGUGUGCGCUAUAAUUAUGCAGACCGUGACUCUUGCAGUUGCUUUCGUUAAUCUGUGGCUCUUGACAA